AUGACGGUGGCGGUGACGCAGGUGUCCGGCGGAGAGGUGUGCGUCUACGCCCCGAGCAGCAAGGUUGGCUUUUCCAUGCACAGGGAGGUGUGGAACCAGUCCCACACCAUGCUGCUGGGCGACUGGAAGGACAAGGAGUUCAUGACCGCCAAGAAUCGGGAGAAGGCCGCGAAGAACAAGCGCAUGAUGACGGGGCUGGACGAGGACCUAAUGAUCGUCCCUUAUGCACACUUCCACGGCAUUUACGCGCAUUCGCUUUUGGAUUUCCUCCCACAGGCCUACGCGACGGUCGACUACGUCAGGGCCAAGGGCCUGAAGAUCCUCACCGGAAGCAACCUCCAGAAGCGACUCCUACUAGCCACGGGGCUCGACCGCAGCUUCAUCUCCUCAGCCAUGGCGGCGGAGGACCAGCUGCUCUGCGUGAGCAAGGGGCGAAGCAUCCACGUCAUGGAGACGAACUUUGCCGACAAAGCUGGCCACGAGUACUAUUACCACAGGCUCCUCGGCUACCGCGGGGUCGGCCAGCGCAUCGCCGCCGCCAUGGUCAGCGCAGACACGUCCGGCCGCCUCAGGAGCUCGUCGAGGCUCCCCGCCGUCGUGUUCCUGGGGCGGUGUGGCGCCUCCGCCCGGGCGAUGGACAACGAGGACAACGCAUUCAAGAUGGUGCAGAAGACGAUGGAGCAGAAGGGGCGGCCGGAGCAGCUCGUGCGCUUCUGCGGCGACGCCGGGCAGCCCGAGGUCCAAGCCGCCGCGCUCAGCCGGGCGACUGCGGUCAUCGGCCCGCACGGUGGGGCGAUGGCCAACCUCCUCUACCUCCCCCCCGGGUGCAACACCCACAUCAUCGAGUUCGUGCAGUCCACGCCCUUCAUCCCCCCAGGCGCCAACCAGGCGCCCCAGAGCCGGUACAAGUCGUUCUACUACUACGGCAUCGGGGCUCCUUUCGACUACAAGCUGGUCCUCAUGGACAAGGUGAGCAGCACCAAGGCGAACAGCACCGCGAGCCUGCAUGUGCGCCUCGGCGACCUCGCAGCGGCGCUCAACAAGAUCUGGACCUGA